CAGAGAGGAGGCGAGAGACGAGGUUAGGAUGGGAAGACGAACAAAGAGUGAGCAGUUACUUAUCUAAGUAGUUCUUGUAAUGUUAUCUACUCAUAUUUAUAAUCUUCUUUGUCGAUCAACGUAGUGCCCUCUAUUAGAAGGAAAAACAACCGGUCAGUUACUACGGGUUUUCCCUCGUAGUUCUCCCUUGUUCACGAGUAUUAGAUAUGUAAACUAUAUUUAUUACAUAGUUACAACAUCACUGGGCAGCUGUUGCUCCUCUUCCUCAAGAUAGUAAUUGGAUUAUAUUAGAAGGACCACAAGGAGGAGGAGCACAACUCUUACUAUGCACGUCCUCUAGACUAGACUCUUCUUCUAAUAAGUACUACGUUGGGGACGAUGAGACCGCGAGAGAUGUAGUCAAGGAAUUUGGUGAAGUUAUCAGCAAGUACGCGGCCAUGCAGGAGAGUUCUCAGUCUCAGAGCAGGGUAAAGGAAGAGGAUACUUUCGGAUUUUGGUGGAACG